AUGUGCUUAUUCGCACAACCGUCUGAGCGUGUUGAAGGGGUCAAGGGUCAGGGGUCAGGCUUCAAGGGUAAUGGGUUAGGGAUUUGGCUUCAGGGGUCAAGGGUCAGGGGUUUGGCUUCAGGGGUCAAGGGUCAGGGGUCAGGCUUCAAGGGUAAUGGGGGUCAGGGUCAGGGUUUGGCUUCAGGGGUCAAGGGUCAAAGGGUCAGGCUUCAAAGGGUCAUGGUUAGGGAUUUGGCUUCAGGGGUCAAGGGUCAGGGUUUGGCUUCAGGGGUCAAGGGUCAGGGUUUGGCUUCAGGGGUCAAGGGUCAGGGUUUGGCUUCAGGGGUCAAGGGUCAGGGAUUUGGCUUCAGGGGUCAAGGAGUGACCCUCACGCCCUCUCAGCGGCCGAUGAGGAGCAGGAGUCGAGCGCAGAGCAAUUUGCACUGCUUUGCCCUCUGCAACAUUUCCAUUGCAAAAGUGUCGGCUUGA